GUGACGCAAGCGCUGAUUUGUGUUUGUUUUCCUGACAGUCGCGGCCGUGUUGCGCUUCAAACUGCCAGAAAUCAGCCAGACACACAGAUGGAGCAGCAGGCCAAGCCGUACAUGUUUGCGAGCCUGACGCGUCCUCACUCCGAGCAGCUCCUGCAGGGUCUGCAGCUCCUGCGGCAGGAUCACGAGCUCUGCGACAUCGUGCUGCGGGUCGGAGACGCCAAGAUCCACGCGCACAAAGUGGUGCUGGCCAGCAUCAGCCCCUACUUCAAGGCCAUGUUCACCGGAAACCUGUCCGAGAAAGAGACGUCCGAGGUGGAGUUCCAGUGCGUCGAUGAAGCCGCUCUCAAGGCUAUAGUGGAGUACGCCUACACAGGAACCGUCUUCAUCUCACAGGAAACAGUGGAGACUCUACUUCCUGCCGCCAACCUGCUGCAGGUCAAGCUGGUUCUGAAGGAGUGCUGCAGCUUCCUGGAGAGUCAGCUGGACGCGGGGAACUGCAUCGGCAUCUCGCGCUUCGCCGAGACCUACGGCUGCCACGAGCUGUGUUUAUCCGCCUCCAAAUUCAUCUGCCAGCACUUCGAGGAGGUGUGCCAGACGGAGGAGUUCCUGGAGCUGACGCGCGCCGAGCUGGACGAGAUCGUGUCCAACGACUGCCUGAACGUGCUGACAGAGGAGAGUGUGUUCUACGCGCUGGAGUCCUGGAUCAAGUACGAUCUGACGGAGCGGCAGCAGUAUCUGGCGCAGCUCCUGCACUGUGUGCGGCUACCGCUGCUGAGCGUCAAGUUCCUGACGCGGCUCUACGAGGCUAAUCACCUGAUCCGAGACGACCACGCCUGCAAACACCUGCUCAACGAGGCGCUCAAGUACCACUUCAUGCCCGAGCACCGGCUCUCCUACCAGACGGUGCUGUCCACACGGCCGCGCUGCGCUCCUAAAGUCCUGCUGGCCGUCGGAGGAAAGGCCGGGCUCUUCGCCACGCUGGAGAGCAGUAAAAGAUUUCAGCUAGGAGGCAUCAGCUACCGGCGGCACGAGAGCAGCGUGGAGCGCUGGGACCCCGACAGCAACACCUGGGCGUCUGUGGAGCGCAUGGCCGAGUGCAGGAGCACGCUAGGUGUGGUGGUGCUAGCGGGCAAGCUGUACGCUCUCGGCGGAUACGACGGACAGUACUACCUGCAGUCAGUGGAGAAGUACGGGCCCAAGCUCAAGGAGUGGCAGCCGGUGGCACCGAUGACCAAAUCACGCAGCUGCUUCGCCACCGCCGCGCUCGACGGCAUGAUCUACGCCAUCGGAGGAUACGGCCCCGCCCACAUGAACAGUGUGGAGAGAUACGACCCGAGCAAAGACUCAUGGGAUAUGGUGGCGCCGAUGGCUGAUAAGCGCAUUAACUUCGGCGUGGGCGUGAUGCUGGGCUUCAUCUUUGUGGUGGGAGGACACAACGGUGUGUCUCAUCUGUCCAGCAUCGAGCGCUACGACCCGCAGCAGAACCAGUGGACGGCGUGUCGACCCAUGAACGAGCCGCGCACCGGCGUGGGCUCUGCUGUGGUGGAUAACUAUCUCUAUGUGGUCGGGGGUCACUCGGGCUCGUCGUAUCUGAGCGCGGUGCAGCGGUACGAUCCGAUCACGGACAGCUGGCACGACUCCAGCGGGAUGAUGUACUGCCGCUGUAACUUCGGCUUGACCGCGCUUUGACCCUGGCCACACGGCUGACCGUCAGAGACGCUUUGUUUCUGGAGUGUGUUUCCCGCUCCUCCGGCCGGCGCUGGACGCGGAGAGAUUACAGACACAGCGCUGAAGCACAGCUCAGACCAACACCAGAGCCUUCCACAGACCCUUGGAGGACGCGGAGCGCCCUGCUCUUCCCCUUUACAUUUCAAGACUACUGAUGAGGGACGCACAUGCGGCGAGUGUGUGUGUGAGCGUGUGUGUGAUGCAUGAGCUGAAUCGGCGCUUCGCUCUGGAGGACCAGCGUGGGACUCGUGAUAAGGGCUGCCUUCUGUCCUCUACAUACAGAUCUGUGCGUGUGUGUGUGUGUGUGUGUGUGUCUCAAAGCCACUGCACUGACCGUCUGACCGUGUGUGUUUGUGUCUGAUCCAUGCGCUCAUCUUCUGUCCUUUCUGCUGGAAACGAGUGAAUCUCACCAGAAUUCAUGCAGCUCAUGUUUCACCACAGUCAAAGUAAUAUUUUGUUGAAAGACAAAACAC